UCUUUGUCCCAAAGCGCAAUUUGUAUACAGCAAGAAUAUGAAGAAUAUACAAAACAAACCACACAACAGUUAACAGAAGUGUGAAGAGAACAGGAAGAGGAAACUGAAGGCUGAGGCAGGGUGAGAGGUGGAGCUGUGACGCUUCAGAAAAACCAACUCACCUGAGUUGUUCUCUGUCAACUCUUUGGACUGUUUGAAGAAACUACUGACUUCAGAUCAGAAGAUGAGUGAUUUGGAGGAAGAGGAGGACGGAGCAGAGUCUGUAGUAUCUGGCUGUCAGUCUAUGAAGAGUAACUGGUCGAUGCCAGAACCUCUGACCUUCAGUAAAGAACCUGGACCCUCAGACACAAAACUGACUUCAGAUCAGAAGAUGAGUGAUUUGGAGGAAGAGGAGGACGGAGCAGAGUCUGUAGUAUCUGGCUGUCAGUCUAUGAAGAGUGACCGGUCCAAACAUGAACCUCUGAUCUUCAGUAAUGAACCUAGACCCUCAUACACAAAAAAGAGGAAGAGGAGUGAUGUUUGUGAGGAGGAGCAGCCGUCCUGCUGUGCUUUGUGUCAGGAUGUCCUGAAGGAUCCAGUUUCUACCAGCUGUGGACACUGGUUCUGCAGACAGUGCAUCACCUCAUACUGGGACCAGUCUGCUUCAUCAGGAGACUCCUGCUGUCCCCAGUGUGGAGAAAGAUCCAGAACAAUGUACAUUGUUAAACAUAAACAUAAGAUCAGUGUGAAGGGGACAUAUGAACGUGUGACUGAAGGAGCUGAUCAAACAGGAAGUGGAACCCUCCUCAACAGGAUCUUCACUGCGCUCUACAUCACAGACGAAGUGAGUGAAGAAGUUAAUACCCAACAUGAGGUGAGGCAGCUCGAGACAGCUUCCAAGAUGGAGACCCUCCAUGACUCUCCAAUCAAGUGCAACGACAUCUUUAAAGCCUUACCUGGCCAACAGAAACACAUCGGAGUUGUUAUGAUGAUCGGCGUCGCUGGCGUUGGAAAAACCUUCUCAGUGCAGAAGUUCUGUCUGGACUGGGCCGAGGGUUUGGAAAACCAAGAUGUGGAUCUGGUGAUUCCUCUUUCCUUCAGGGAGCUGAACUUGAUCAGAGAUGAGCAGUACAGUCUUCUGGAGCUGCUCCGUGUUUUCCAUCCAACAUUACAGGAGGUCACAGCAGAGCAGCUCGCUGGCUCUAAACUUCUCUUCAUCUUUGAUGGCCUGGAUGAAAGCAGACUUUACCUGGAUUUCAACAACAACGAGGCUGUUUCUGAUGUCACACAGAAGUCAUCAGUCAACGUGUUGUUGACAAACCUCAUCGAGGGGAAGCUGCUUCCCUCGGCUCUCGUCUGGAUAACUUCCCGACCUGCAGCAGCCAAUCAGAUCCCUCCUUUGUGUGUUGACAGGGUAACAGAAGUACGAGGCUUCACUGACGACCAGAAGGAGGAGUACUUCAGGAAGAGAGUCAGUGAUGAAGAGCUGUCCAGCAGAAUCAUCUCCCACAUCAAGUCCUCCAGGAGCCUCCACAUCAUGUGUCUGAUCCCAGUCUUCUGCUGGAUCACUGCUACAGUUCUGGACCACAUGUUGACUACAGACCAGAGAGGAGAGCUGCCCGAGACCCUGACUGACAUGUACUCACACUUCCUGCUUGUUCAGACAAAGAGGAAGAAGCUCAAGUAUGCUGAGGGACAUGAGACGAGUCCACAGGAGCUGACGGAGGCUGACAGGGAAGUUCUUCUGAAGCUGGGGAGGCUGGCGUUUGAACAGCUGAAGAAAGGAAACAUCAUGUUCUACCAAGAAGACCUGGAGCGCUGUGGUCUGGAUGUCACAGAGACCUCGCUGUACUCAGGAGUUUGUUCAGAGAUCUUCAAAAGAGAGAGUGUGAUCUUCCAGAAAACAGUCUACUGCUUCGUUCAUCUGAGUGUUCAGGAGUUUCUGGCUGCAGUCUACCUGUUCCACUGUUACACCACUAGGAACACAGAGGUUCUGGACGACUUCCUGGGAAAAGGCUGGGACUGUGAUAACAGUGACGUGAACGAUGGCAAUGAUAACAAUUACCCAUCCCUGGAUUUCUUCCUGAAGACAGCCAUGGAGAAAUCCCUGAGGAGUAAAAAUGGCCACCUGGACCUGUUUGUCCGCUUCCUUCAUGGCCUCUCUCUGGAGUCCAACCAGAGACUCUUAGGAGGCCUGCUGGGUCAGACAGACAACAGUCCAGAAAUCAUCCAGGGAGCCAUCAACAACCUGAAGGAGAUGAAGACCAAAAUGUCUCCUGACAGAAGCAUCAACAUCUUCCACUGUCUGACGGAGAUGAACGACCACUCAGUCCAUCAGGAGAUCCAAGAGUUCCUGAAGUCAGCGAAUAGAUCAGAGAAGAAACUCUCUGAGAUCCACUGCUCAGCUCUGUCCUACAUGCUGCAGAUGUCAGAGGAGGUUCUGGAUGAGUUGGACCUGAGUCAGUACAACACAUCACCGGAGGGAAAACUGAGACUGGUUCCAGCUGUGAGGAACUGCAGAAAGGCUCAAUUGGUUGACUGCAGUUUGUCAGAGAUCAGCUGUGCUUCUCUGGUCUCAGCUCUGAAGUUCAACCCCUCCCACCUGAAAGAGCUGGACCUGAGCAACAACAAGAACCUGAAGGAUUCAGGAGUGAAGCGUCUGUGUGCUGGAUUGGAGAGUCCAAACUGUAGACUGGAGACUCUGAGAUUGAGGUGGUGCCGUUUGUCAGAGAUCAGCUGUGCUGCUCUGGUCUCAGCUCUGAAGUCCAACCCCUCCCAUCUGAGAGAGCUGGAUCUGAGUUACAACUACAACCUGAAGGAUUCAGGAGUGAAGCAGCUGUGUGCUGGAUUGGAGAGUCCAAACUGUAGACUGGAUACUCUGAGGUUGUCAGAGAUCAGCUGUGCUGCUCUGGUCUCAGCUCUGAAGUCCGACCCCUCCCAUCUGAGAGUGCUGGACCUGGGCAACAACAAGCUGAAGGAUUCAGGAGUGAAGCUACUGUGUGGUUUUCUGGAGAGUCCAAACUGUAGACUGGAGACUCUGAUAUUGUGGGACUGCGGUUUGUCAGAGAUCAGCUGUGCUGCUCUGGUCUCAGCUCUGAAGUUCAACCCCUCCCAUCUGAGAGAGCUGGAGCUGAGGGGCAACAACCUGAAGGAGUCAGACGUGAAGCAGCUGUGUGAUCUGAUGAAGAGUCCAGACUGUAGACUGGAUAAUCUGCAAUGGAGGUCAGAGUGAUCAGAAGGAUGAUGUGUUGGAGGACCAGCUGAGUCCUGAUGAUCCCGAGAGCUUGAAGCAGCAGCAGCACCUCUAACUGGGCCAUGUUACUGGGAGGUAGAGUGGAGAGACUGACUGAGGCUCUGCACGCUUCCACAUUAGCAACGCCACGUGGCCAUGAAAGAAGGAUGUCGGGCAAGUUGAUUGGCCGACAUUAGCCUCUCUGGGUCAGUGACGGGGGCUCUGUCUCCAUCAGAAUCAGCUGACUCAGCAUACGUCAGACUACAGAGUGGAGCCAAGUGUGGAAAGCAUAUGUUUGCUAACAUUUUACAUUAUAUUACAUGUCAUUUAGCUAACGCUUUUAUCCAAAGCGACUUACAAUUGUAUAUAUGUCUCAUGCCUCUGGCCCAAUUAGGGGUUAAGUGUCUUGCUCAGGGACAUCUUGGUUGAUGUAUCACAGUGGGAAUUAUACCUGGUUCUCCCGCACCAAAUGCAUGUGUCAUAUGCACUGCACCAUCACCACAUUUCACACUUUCACAUCAAUGGUGAACUUGACUGUCGUCGCUGCAGGACAGUCACCUGUUUGUCAGAUAAACUUACCUGCACCUCCCGCUGACAAAACCGUUACCUCCCAGUGCCCUUUACCCCCCUCACAGUAACAUCUUCGCUUCUAAAUUAACCGUUAAAAUUUUAAUUAACGUUAAUAGGUGAGGUGAUUACUACGCUGUCCGACAACAGCAACGGUCGAGAUUAGCUUCACACACUCACAAAGGGACCCACACACACACACACAAACACAGAC